UUCCCUGAAGCACGAUGGAGUACGUGAGAAUUAAUUCCAGGGAAAAUUCAUAUGAGUGCAAACUGUGUGAUGCUUCCUUCUCCUAUCUGAGUAGAGUGAAGUUACACAUAAGAAGUCACACGGGAGAGAAACCGUAUAAGUGCGCGCUGUGUGAUGCUACCUUUGCACAAUCGGGGCGCCUGAAAACACACAUGAGAAGUCACACGGGAGAGAAACCAUAUAAGUGCGAUUUGUGUGAUGCCGCCUUCUCAGAUUCGAGUGCUUUCAAAAGACACAUGAGAAGUCACACGGGAGAGAAACCGUAUAAGUGUGGUCUGUGUGAUGCCGCCUUCUCAACAUCGGGUCACUUGAAGACACACAUGAGAACUCACACGGGAGAGAAACCGUAUAAGUGCCAGCUGUGUGAUGCUGCCUUCAUACAAUCGGGUUCACUGAAGGUACACAUGAGAUCUCACACGGGAGAGAAACCGUAUAAGUGUGAUCUGUGUGAUGCUACCUUCUCCCGCUUGGACCAUGUGAAGACACACCUGAGAACUCACACUCAAGAAAAACCGUAUAAGUGCGAGCUGUGUGAUGCUGCCUUCUCAACACACCUGAGAACUCACACUCUAGAGAACCCAUAUAAGUGCGAGCUGUGUGAUGCUGCCUUCUCACAAUCGGGUAAUCUGGAGACACACAUUAGAAGUCACACGGGAGAGAAACCGUAUAAGUGCGAACUGUGUGAUGCUGCCUUCUCAAUAUCGUGUAAUCUGAAGACACACCUGAGAACUCACACGGGAGAGAAACCAUAUAAGUGCGAUCUGUGUGAUGCCGCCUUCUCAGAAUCGGGUAGUGUGAAAAAACACAUAAGAACUCACACGGGAGAGAAACCAUACAAGUGCGAACUGUGUGAUGCUGCCUUCUCAGAAUCGGGUAGUGUGAAGCGACACAUGAGGACCCACACAGGUGAGAAACCGUAUAAGUGCGCUCUAUGUGAUGCUGCCUUCAGAGACUCGGGUAAUUUGAUGACACACAUGAGAACCCACACGGGCGGGAAACCAUAUAAGUGCGAUCUGUGUGAUGCUACCUUUGCACAAUCAGGUAAUCUGAAGAAACACAUGAGAACUCACACAGGAGAGAAACCAUUUAAGUGCGAUCUGUGUGAUGCUGCCUUCUCACAAUCGAGUCAUGUGAAGUCACACAUGAGAACUCACACGGGAGAGAAACCAUAUAAGUGUGAACUGUGUGAUGCUGCCUUCUCCCGCUUGCAUCAUCUGAAGACACACAUGAGAAGUGAUGCUACCUUUGCACAAUUGGGUGCACUGAAGACACACAUGAGAACCCACACGGGAGAGAAACCACAUAAGUGCGAUUUGUGUGAUGCUACCUUCUCACAAUCGAGUUAUGCAGAUAAGCAAGAUGUAGAUGAGGCAAAGGCAAAGUUGCUGAGGCAGAAGAAUAACAUAGUAAGAAACCAGCGAGCCAGCAAGAAAACGUACAAAAACACGUCUAAAUGUGCCAAGUUGUCAGGGCUUCGCUCCCUAUGA